AUGGCAAUCAGCACGGACUGGCAGGGGAUCCCGCAGGUAACGCACCCCAGGCUACACGUAGGCAAGUGGAGGCGGAAACCACUGCGGUCAAGCUGGGAGCAGCUCAGCAAAUACCAUCUGCAGUUCCCUGACGACUCGCUCAAGACCGCCCUCAGGAUGACCGCCAGCCAGCGGAACACCCUGAGGAACGUGCACGGGCUCUCGACAGCGGCGCUGGUCUUGGGGACGCAGCCCAAGAUCCCCGGCGCCCGCUGCGACGAGGACUUCGGCCUGCUCUCCCAGUGCGAGAUCUGCCUGGGCAGGCAGAGGCCCCGAGCGGUGCGCGUCGCAGUGCUGCCGAGGGCCAAGAGGUUCAACGAGGUGAUCUGCACCGACGUCUACUACAUCACGUGGAAGAAGAUGAAGGAGAGGAAGAUCCUGGCCAUUAUGGGCGAGUUUACGCGCUACGAGUUUGACUAUCCGAUCUCGAAGGAGACGUUUCUGAAGGAGUCGAAGCUAUGGGAGAAGCGGUGGAUCAGCUGGCGCACGCGCGACUGGAUGAACAAGCAUGGCAUCAAGCUCGACCUGAUCCCGAAGGGUACGCACCACAGGCUACACGUAGGCCUAGUGGAGCGGAACCACGCGGUCAGCUGGGAGCAGCUCAGCAAAUACCAUCUGCAGUUCCCUGACGACUCGCUCAAGACCGCCCUCAGGAUGACCGCCAGCCAGCGGAACACCCUGAGGAACGUGCACGGGCUCUCGACAGCGGCGCUGGUCUUGGGGACGCAGCCCAAGAUCCCUGGCGCCCGCUGCGACGAGGACUUCGGCCUGCUCUCCCAGUGCGAGAUCUGCCUGGGCAGGCAGAGGCCCCGAGCGGUGCGCGUCGCAGUGCUGCCGAGGGCCAAGAGGUUCAACGAGGUGAUCUGCACCGACGUCUACUACAUCACGUGGAAGAAGAUGAAGGAGAGGAAGAUCCUGGCCAUUAUGGGCGAGUUUACGCGCUACGAGUUUGACUAUCCGAUCUCGAAGGAGACGUUUCUGAAGGAGUCGAAGCUAUGGGAGAAGCGGUGGAUCAGCUGGGCCGGCAAGCCUAAGACGAUUCGCAUGACAUGGGAGCAUGGCAUCAAGCUCGACCUGAUCCCGAAGGGUACGCACCACAGGCUACACGUAGGCCUAGUGGAGCGGAACCACGCGGUCAGCUGGGAGCAGAUCAGCAAAUACCAUCUGCAGUUCCCUGACGACUCGCUCAAGACCGCCCUCAGGAUGACCGCCAGCCAGCGGAACACCCUGAGGAACGUGCACGGGCUCUCGACAGCGGCGCUGGUCUUGGGGACGCAGCCCAAGAUCCCUGGCGCCCGCUGCGACGAGAACUUCGGCCUGUCGGACCAGGCCGCGUUGGUCGACCCCAAGAGCGAGGUGCACGAGAUGAUGAUCAGGAGCACGGCUGCCGCGACUGCCUUCGUCGAGGCCAACUGUUCGCGCGCCGUGCGAGCGGCGCUGCUGGCGCGCAGUAGGCCACCGAGGAGGAACUACGAGAUCGGCGAGUGGGUCUACUUCUGGCGACCCGAGCAGAUGCAGGGGCUGGAGAAGUGCCAUUGGCACGGCCCAGCUCUGGUCAACGAGGACAACGUGAUGCAUACAUCGGUGGUGUGGGUGACUCACGGGCGCGCGAUCUACCGCUGCACCGCGGAGCAGCUUCGCCCCGAGCUGCCGGGCGAGGGGCGCUUGCCCCAGUACGACGACCACAUGGACGACAUGGGCGAGCAGCAGCAGCCGCGCGCCCAGGCGCCCAUGGAGACGGACGAGACCGACGGCCCGACAGGAGCAGCUGCCGCGGCGGCUCCUGGAGAUCCUCAGCCGACGACGGCCGGCGAGGACGAGGAUGACGGACCAGCUGCGGCCAGCGCCGGCGCGUCUGGCAGCGCUGCGCAGGAGCACAGCAGGUUCCACAUCGAGGCGAUGGCCAAGAGGAGUGUCGAGGAGGCCGAGAAGCUGGACGGCAUCCCGCUGGCCAAGCGCGCCCGCCUGUCGCGGGCGAAGCUCGCCCCACAGAGCGAGGAGGCUGCGCUCGCCGACGAGGUGGACGACGAGAUGCUGCUGUUGGAGGAGUCCACCGAGACGGUCUACAUGCUGGCCUUCAAGAGGAAAGCCCCCACCAUCGUGGAGGGUAGGCAGACGCCCGAGGAGAAGGACCAGUUCUACGCGGCGAAGCUGGAGGCCCUCGAGGUUUUCAAUCGCAACGACGGCUGGGAGCCCAUCAACGAGGCGGAUGUGGAUCCCGGAGCCUGCUGCCCCCUACGCUUCCUGCUCAAGUGGACGAUGAAGGAUGGGCAGAAGGUGGCCAACGCGCGCGUACUCUACCAACGGUUCAAGCACCGCGACGUCGCCGAGGGCCAGCUCGACAAGGAGGCGCCGACACUCAGCAGGCUCGGCCGACACACGGUCAUGCUCUGGGCGUCUCUAAGGAAGUGGAGGUUGUUCAGCGCGGACGUCAAGUUCGUAUUUCUGCAGGCUGAGGGCGUGAGCGUACGCGGAUUCAAGCUGUACGCAAGCCCGACGAAGGAGAUGAGGGAGAUGAUCUCUCACCAAAUCGGCCUGCAACCUGGACAGCUGCUCAAGAUGAUCAAGGCGUGUUUCGGUGACCCGCGGUCGCCCAAGCACUAUCGUUCCGACGCAGUCGCAAAAGGGAUCGGGCUCAAGAACCACAAGCUCGAGGAUUGCCUGUUGUUGUCGUUGCGCCCAGCGAGGGUCGACGACGACCCGUUCGACGCGCGCAGCUUCGAGGGCCAGACCUACGUGGUGGAUGGCCUCAUCGGCAAGCACGUGGACGACUUCAUCGGGUGCGGCGAGGGCGAGACGAACGAACAGGACCUCUACGCGAAGCUUGACGAUACCGAGUGCUUCCACUCGCGGCAUGGGAUGCUCAACGAGAAAAUCAAGUUCGGGAAGUGGGAUUUCGGACCGAGUCUGGUUUUCACUGGAAACGAAGUGGAGCAGUCUCUGAGUACCUACGGCGUGACCCUCAAGUUCGAGAAGUACCUGCACGCGGUGAAGCCCAUCACCGUCGAGAAGCAUCGGAUAGUCGACCCCACGAGUGCGCUGUCGCCGAAGGAGCUGACGAACUGCAGGACCCUGAAUGCCCAAGGAGUGAUCAUAGCAUCGGCUACUGUGUCCUUCCGAGCUUCGGCGACAGGUCGAGCCACCGUGCAGGACCUCUUGGAUGCAAACAAGGACUUGCGCUUUCUGAAGGCCAACGCUGACGUAGGGCUGUACUUCGGGUGUGACAAGGCAUGGAGUCAAGUACGAGUUGGCAACUACACCGACGCAAGCUGGGCGAGCCGACGUGACGGAAGUUCGCAAGGAGGCUAUGCAAUCUUCAUUGGCCCCGCGGACGAGCUCGACGCCAGCACCCCCGCACCCUUCGUGGCCAUGGA